AUGUCUUCAUCUUCUCUCGACACCACUCUUCUCAUCGUUCCCAACGAAACAAACUUGUUCGGAAAGAGCAUACAAUUCGCAACCUUGAAACAUGCUUCACAAAUGAGAAAGGACAACAAAACGCCCUAUGUCGAACAUCCAAAAAGUGUUGCGAAACGAUUGAAUCAAUUCUUGGCUCAGUUUAAAGACACACCCUAUGUUCAGUCAUUAAUGAAUCAAACAAUCCAAAUUGAUGCCAACACCAUCCCUUCAACCACCCUUUGCGAGUCAAUUUUAUGUGCUGCUGUUUUACAUGACACUCUCGAAGAUACAGAAACAACUUUUGAAGAAUUGUCCACACAAUUCGGAGCCAUUACUGCAACAUUUGUGAGUGAAGUGACCAACGAUGACACUCGAGUGAAAGCUCUCUGUGAAAAAAAGUUACAGGAAUAUCGUGAACACACUUUGGAUGAAUCUGCAAGAACCAUCAUUGUUGAUGGACUCCAUUCACAAAUUGAUGAUCUUUCAGAAACAGUUUUAAAGAAAAGAUUAGGAAGAGGAGCUUAUUUUGUUGAAAAAUUAAAUUCAAUGAGUUUGGAAGCAUUGCUUGUGAAAUUGACAGAUCGUUUGGAUAACAUUUUAGAUGUGCCAACUGUUGUGAGGUCACAACACGACGACAACGACGACUUGAAACCAAAACACACACAUUUCGAUACAGAAUACAAAUAUGAAACGAGAUAUGUGAUGGUUAAUAUCGACCGAUCGAGAUUAACACCACUUCAUGAAGAGUUAGUUUCAACCAUUGUCAAAGCCAUCAACUAG